UCUAUCUCCUUCCCCCCUGGCCCCCUGGCUGCCAGGCGUCACACCAGUUUAUAAUAAGGACCCAAAAAAAGUUGUCGAGUGAGAAAAAGGGAGAGAAAAAAAACGGAACCCUUCCCACUCUCCAAAAAAUCACGGGGAGUGACUGUGACAGGAGGAAGGGGACACACGCACACACACUGAGAGAGAGAGAGGGAGAGCUUGAAGAAGCCUUCGCCGGGACCUCAUCACAUUUCUCUCAGGACAGCGCGGACCGGAACGGACCACUAACCGAUCAUUAGACUGGACUAAUAAUCAAUAUUGAUUAGCAGCGGAGUGGGAGCGGUUGUGUGAGACUCUUGGAGGAGCAUGCAGCUCGGUUUACUAUUCAGGCUCUAUGUGCUGUGGGGAUUUGUGGUGGUCACGACCUCCGUGACCAAGGCCGCCAAGAGGAAGGUGGCAGGCCGACAAUCCAGACAGGUGUUUGAGGUGGAGCCUAUAGAGGGGGUGUGGUCUAUCUGGGGGGAGUGGUCCGGAUGCUCUCAGACCUGUGGCGUCGGUGUCUCACAGAGGAGCAGGGAGUGUUUAUCCCCUCCACCUCCCCAAACCCCUCCCCUCUCCCACUCUCCACCUAACUGGGCAGGUUAUUUGCCCGGGGGCAUUGGAGGCCCUGUCGUCUCACCUGUGCGACCCUACUACCCUCCACAUUACCCCGGGCAACACCCUUCUUAUCACUCCCCUUCCAUCCCCACCAAUCACAACCCAGGAUUGUCACUGUUUAGGAAUACCAACACCGGGGGAGGAGGAGCACCUGUACAGGGACAGUCCAAUCCAUCACCUCCUUUUUACCAGCCAGAGUUCUCCCCAAACAAUCAAGAGCAUGUAUCUGUUUAUCGAUCUCCCUACCAUGCUCCCUCACAUGGCUACAACCAGCCAGCUCGGGUCAUCCGAAGGCCGACCAAUCCAGGAGCAGUGAGGCCUGGAGGAGGCGGGAGCAGAAGGUCUGUCUCCUCCAAUCGGGAGGGUUUACCAGCGAGGAGGUCUUCCAACAUCCGUCCAGGUCAGUUUGGGUACGGCAGAGUCCCGUUCUCUCUGCCUUUACAUCGUCCUAACCGGCAGGCUCGCCACACUGGUAACGGUACUGACACUGCAACACCUGAACCUGGACUAGCCGCCAAUGAAGACGACGAGACCAAUGAGAAAGAGGAAGAAGAGGUGUGGAGUAAUGGAGAAGGCAGGGAGGCGAGGAGGAGUGAGGUGGAGGUGGAGGAGGAGGGGGAGGGGGAGGAGAGAACCGAUGCACCUGCUGUUGAGGAGUUGCCCACAACGACCACCACAACUGGUAACCCACACCGUCACGUGGACAGACCCUCACACACCAACACAGAGCGUGGGAGAGCAAGAGUCCCAUCCUCUCACCACUUCUCUCGCUCCUCGUCAACAUCCCGCCUGCCCAGCCGCCAACGGUUUGACUGGCACUCCGUCACCGCGCCGCCUCCUCCCAUCCCUCCCCUCUCCCGCCCAAACUCCCCCGCUGCCGCUUCACCUUUCUCUACGUCUCUGCACCGCUCCAGCCACGUGCACAGAGACAGGGAGCUUCACCAAGGUUUUAGUCCUCAAGUCCCACCAGCCGGCAACGUCUACCCACUACAGCACUCCCACAUCCCGCAUCUGGCCGUCGAAUCAGGCAGGGAUGGAGGAAGAGGAGCUCCUCAGGUCUAUAGAUGCCCUGGGCCGGAGAAGGAGUACCGCAAGUGCUUCUCGCAGGUGUGUGGAGGCGGUGCGUUGGAGUCCAGAGCAGAGCAGUGUGCAGCCUUUAACACCCAGGAGUUCAUGGGUCGCCUCUACAACUGGGAACCUUUCACUGAGGUUGGUGCGGACAAGCAGUGCGAGCUGACCUGCAGACCUGCUGGCUACCGUUUCUAUGUUCGUCAGGCCGAGCGCGUCCGAGACGGGACUCCCUGCAUCAAUGUCAGCUCAAAUGACGUGUGUGUAGAAGGACAAUGUCUGACCGAGGGUUGCGACGGGGUUCUGGGCUCUGGCUCUGUGAUUGACAAGUGUGGGGUGUGUGGCGGGAGAGACGCCUCCUGUCGAAAGGUGACAGGAAGCUUCCAAAAUGUUACGGUUCCCCUUGGUUACCACAAGAUCCUGGACAUCCCAUCCGGAGCUACUUUCAUUAACAUCACGGAGAGACGAGCCAGCCCUAAUUACCUGGCCAUGAGAAGUGGCACCGGGGCUUCAGUGGUGAAUGGGCGUUGGGCUGUGGACCCUCCAGGGGAGUACCAAGCAGGAGGGACCACUUUCGCCUACACCCGACCUAGAGCACAGGCAGAGGGGGAGGAAGAGAAAGGCGAGUCCCUCAAGGCUCCAGGACCCACCACGACACAGCUACAGCUUUAUAUCAUUUUCCACAAGGAGAACCCGGGCAUCGACUAUGAGUUUUAUGUCCCCGUGGAGAAGAAGGAGAUAGAGAGGGAGAGGCUGAUGGAGAGAGAGCGGGAAACACCCAGAGAGAGGCACAGGGAGCGAGAGCCGGCGAGGGCACCACUUCGCAGUCCUCUCACUGUGUCAGUAGAAGACCCUCCCCCUGCCCCUCCUCCUAUUUCUGUCCCUUCUUUCCCCUCUUCCUCCUCCUCCUCCUCCUCUGUGUUUUCUCCUCCUUCCUUGGACCGGUGGACACCUGAGAGGUCACGUCCUCGAGGUUCUGCACCCAACAGGAACGCUCGGAUCCCUCCUCGCACUGACCUGCCGCUGGACACUCAGCCGCCAUACGUGUGGAGAAAAGGGGGACUCACUGAGUGUUCUGCUUCCUGUGGCAAAGGUUCUCAGUACAGAGUCAUUCUGUGUAUAGACCGCCAUGCAGACGAGGAAGUCCCUGAGAGGAAAUGUGACUCUGCAGCCAAACCUGUCCCCGAGGAGGAGCCUUGUAACACACAUCCCUGCCCACCAUUCUGGGAGGCCAAUUCAUGGUCAGAGUGCAGUGUGUCCUGUGGCCCCGGGGUGCAGCAGAGGCAGCUCCAGUGCAGGCAGAGCUUUGGGGACCGCUCCACCAUGGUCCACCCACAGCGCUGUGCCAACCUCACCCCGCCAGAGUCCACCCAGGCGUGUCAGCUCGCCCUCUGCUCCCACUGGGAGGUCAGCUCCGACUGGAGCAUGUGCUCAGUGGACUGUGGUGUUGGUAGGAGGACAAGGAGCGUGCGGUGCGUCAGUGAUCAGGGCAGCAUCGUUAGUGACAUGGAGUGCAACUCCAGGGCUCGCCCGCAAGGAAGUGAGGAGUGCAACAUGGGGCCGUGUGUAACCAACUGGUACUUCACUACCUGGUCCAAUACUUGUUCAGCGCAGUGUGGCCCAGGGGUACAGAGGAGGGAGGUGGUGUGUCUGACUCGAGGAGGGGUCAGGGAUGGUGGAGGAGGAGGGGACUGUGUUGUGGAAAAACCGGCAGAGAUGAAGGCCUGCAACAGCGGUCCGUGUGUGCCAACAUCCAUGUGGUACAGCAGCCCCUGGUCACAGUGUAAUGUCCCAUGUGGGAAUGGAACUCAGCGACGAGACAUCAUUUGUGUCGAGAAGACUGGGAACGAUUUUACUGUCGCGGCGGCCAGCGAGUGUGCACAUCUGGACAAGCCUGCCGCUGUGCAGAAGUGUGAGAUGGGAGAGUGUCAGCCGCAGUGGUUCACAACAGAAUGGAGCGCGUGCUCACGUUCUUGUGGAAAAGGCUUACAAAUGAGGGAGGUACGGUGUCUAACACAAGACAAAAAACACAGCCAGGACUGUGAUUUGACCACAAAACCUGAACAGGAGCAAAUCUGCAACACAAUACCCUGCAGUCCACAAGUCUCAGAUGAAAACUGCCGGGACAGACGUCACAACUGUGUGAUGGUGGUUCAGGCCAGGCUGUGCGUCUACUCCUACUACAAGAGCGCCUGCUGUGCCUCGUGUACUCAGAGUGCUCAGCGUGCCAAGAGGCACUGACCGGCCAAUCACAGACAGCCAAGGUGUGCAAGAUGUCAAGGAUUAGGUCAAAAGGGCUGAAGACAAGUCCUUAGAAGAAGACAGCCCUGAGCAGACAUAAUCCCAGCGAUGGCCGUCAGAAAACAUUUAGCUAUUUUCUCCUGAUUCUUCAGGUUAUACACUGUGAAAGCAGCCAGCUCCUUAUUCCAGUUCUCUGUAUGCUAUUUUAUAUCGUCUUUCAGAAGCACAUAAUCCACUCAACUUGCAUCUGUUCACUUUGUGCAUUAGCUUUAACAGGUUCACAAUGUGUCACACGGGGCUGAGUCAUUUGCAAUGAUUUCAACUCUCUUUUUUUAUGGCUGAGAGGUUUGUAUGGUAGGUUUUCGCUGAGGACGCGGCUGUGUUUCGACAACAAAUUUAGGCUUUUUUUAAGAUUCGCUCAAAUCUACAGAAUCUUAAAACACAUGUAAUCAGACACGCAUACCACUAAUUAUGAAGAGAAAUGUGCUGAACAAAUACCACAUGUGCUAGAUGAACUAUGUGUACUAUAUAGUACUAUAUGUGCUGAAGAUCUACUGGAAUAGAUCUACUGUGAUAAGCCCCAACGAAGCUAGAAGGAUUUCAUUAACAUAUCGUAUGUUUUUUUUCUUCCUGUUUGCCAAAAAAUAGUGUCCUCUUAUUGUGCAGUUCAGUAUUUGGACAAAUGAACCAAAGGUGAGGGGUGAGCAUGGCAGUAAGCAACCAAAUAUAUCAGAGCGGGAUGAGGAGAGACUCUUCCCAAACUAGAAGGAUAUUAGACGUGGAUUUUACAGCCUGUACGGUCCUUCAACAUAUUAGGUCUUUUAAAAGACGGCUGAUGGAGUUAAAAUCCACAGCUGAGGCGUGACGACUCAUAGCUGCUCACUAAAUAACAAAUAUGAUUUGUAAAAUUGGGGGGGGAAUAGUGAUAAGAGUAGUGUUGUUUGAAAUUUUCUUGUCAAAAAAACACGUGAAAAGACCAAAACAAUUAGGUUAGGUGCCACUAAACCCUACAAACUGGACCUUUAAGAAAAAAAGAAAAAAAGAGAGAAAAUAGUGCCUUUGUUAGGAACUAUUUCUGCUGCUGGCUGACACACAUUUGUGAGCAUUUAUGACACCAGGAAGGUGAUUAUGGGAUUGAUUCAGAAGAAACUAGAGUGCCUAUCAUGUUAACUUAAUGAAGGAACACCCACCUCAACAGUGUAGUUUUUUAUAUAUGUAUAUAUCCACACAUAUAUUGGCUGUUAUUUGGCAAGUUUUGGUCUUUUAAUGUGAUUUCUAGACAAUAAAAAAAACACCACCCACGAGCUUGGUGGUGGCGCACAGGUUUGGUGGUGUGAAAUGAUUCACUCCUGGCUGACCUAAUUUAACGUUUUAGCACGCUUAGGUAUUAAAAGAACGACUCUUUGUCCUCCCUGUUUCCUCACCUCAUCUCGGUAUAUAUAUAUUUUAUUUGCAUCCAUCGUCACCUUCCUGGAAAGAGAGAUGAUGAAUCUGUCCUGUGAAGAGUAGGUGAAGCCAGAAUGAGAAAACGUCAUGAAGACUGAGAAAACAGUCUUUUAAUAAUUUAGCUCAUGAUACGGAUCAAACGCAAUCAUUCUGCUUUGAUGAGAACAUAAAUAUUUUGUAUUCUUCUCUGUAUAUGUGUGUAAGUACUCUUUAUGCUUUUUCUCUUGUUUUAUUUUGCUCUUCUUCUCUUCACCAAGAAGAAACACACACACAAUACACCCCGCCCACUCGAAGCUGAGGAGUCUGUAUAUUUGUUAUAUAUAUGUUUUAAUGUCUAUAAUUUCUUUGAACAUAGUAGGCGCUUAUGUUUUAUAACUGAAUAGAGUUAUCAGAAGUUUUGUUGUAGGCUACAUUUAUUCACAUCUAACUGUCAUAUAACUAUAUAUUUGCAUUCAACAAGAGAAUCAGUGACUUUAAUGUACUCGUGAAUUUUGGAUGUUUGCGUGCAUUCAUGUUUGUGUCUGUGUGUGUGUGUGUGUGUGUGUGUAUGGUUAUGUGUGUGGCUUUGAAUGUGUCAUUCUUGUCUCUAAUCCCUCGUAGUAAAAAAAAUUACUUUUUAUAUAAAAACAAAAAAAAGGAUAGUAAUUUAUCUAUUAUCUAAAUAACAUGUAAUUUAUUUUCUGUUUUAAGAAGCUGUAGCAAAUGUUCUUUAUUACCACCAGAGUUUAUGAGAUUGUUAUUACUGAGACAUGGACUUUUUUUUUUUUAUCAUGCAAAAAAAACAGUGUGGGAAAAUUAUUAUCUCAAAGCUUCAUUUUAAAUAAAAUUGAAACAACAGAA